UAUAAUAUGAAUGAAUACAUAACACGAUAAAUGAAAUAAAUAUUACUUGAGGUUAAAUUAAGCUAACAUUAAUUCUCAGGCACGACACGAUAACGGAGGAUCGCGGGAAGAAAAUAAUUCAGCCUCUGCUGUGAUCGCCGUCCCUGAGUGCAAUCAAUAUGGCCUCCAGUCGCUGCUUGCUAGCCUGCUUGCUAACAGGACACGCCAAUGAGAGUGUUUCUCUGUUUUCUGUUUUACCAUUUAUCAUCCCAUCUCUCUCUCUCUUGCUUCAGACUUCUCCAUAGGAAGCUCUGGCGCUAUUGGCCACGGUUCCUUGCGACUCUUCGUGCUAGAAUCGUCGAUCCGCCUGGUCAGUCAUACAGUUCCCGUCUAGUGGUACAGCUCGGUAACCUAAAGGCAUGUUAAGUGCAACCAAUUCUCCUGAAGCUGUUGAAGUGCAAACAUGCAUGGUAUUUCGAUGAACAGGGACUGUUCGAAAGAAAGAAGCUAAUAUCCCGAGCAGCAAUAGUAUUCACUUGCCCACAUAAUGUUUGGAAGAUCAUGGUGUCACCGAUAAGCAAGGAUCGAAAGUAUAUAAAAGGCAUUAAAGUGGAUGGAUAGGUCGAGUAAAGUACGUCUGUGAUAUAGAAGAAAGAAACAUUAUAGUUGUACGUGGCGAGUAAAGAAAAAAAUUCGAGCGGAUCGUGCUAGAUGCAUCACUGUUCUCGGUAGAAAAAAAAAAGAAAACGUGAGGAUAUGAAGCAGUUGGAAGAAAGUAUGCUCCAUAGUGAUUGCACAUUGUCCUGUCGUUCGUCGUAGCAGCCGUGAGCAUGGCCGAUGUCGCGUCCGAAGUCUCAGAUAGGACAGUCGCAGUAGUUGAGGGUUGCAGGGUGCCACCAUCAUCAGCGACGAAAGCUGGUGACAGUGAGGGCAUUGUUGCUAAUGAGAGCGUCGAUGACAAAGUCAGCAUCCACGAGAUCCUCGAGAGUAUGACGAAUGAGUUCAACAAGGGUGUGAGUCUGACGAAGCAUAGUGAUAACAUCGACAAGACAGUUGUUGCCACAGAAGAAGUAUCGCAGUCGACAGUGGCAUCGUUGCCACCCAUGGUUGUUGAGGAGGAGUUAUCGAAAGACGAGAAGGAGCAAGAUGAGACUGGUGAGGAAGCAGCUGCAAAUCCAGAGGACACAAUGGUUCAACCUGUGGCAGAGGAGAAUCAUAAGGGAGAGGACGAUAGUUCCUCAGGCAAGCAAGAAACUCUCAAGAAGGAUAAUGGGAUACCUAGGAUUGUCUUGACAUUUAGGACUAUUGAUGAAAACACAGGUCACGGCAAGAAGACCAAGAUAUCCAGUUGUCCCUCUAAUCUAGCUCUGGUUCCUGAUGAGUUGGCCAAUUGCGAUCAGAUUGGCGGUGUCUCAGUGAAGAUAGAAAACUCUGAUGAUAAUUGCGAUGCUGCGGAGGAAUCCUCAUCAGAAGUCAAAACAAAAGAACCUGUAAAAAAGGCCGAGUCAAAAGAUGUGAUUGAGAAUAAGGUGGAAGAUACCACAAAGGAUACUCAGGAACUAAGUAAUGCACAGCUUCCUGUCGAGGAGAAGGUUGAGACUGCAAAGAAUAAUCCUGAGAGCAACAACGUCGAAGCAAAGCUUGCAGAAAGUACCGAACAGAGAGAAACUACCGCACCGGUCACCAGGAAGAGAAGAAUUGGACGACCUAGAUUGCGAGCGCUUAGUGACUCGGUGGAGGAGCGCCCUUGUCCCAAGCGCUCAGCCAGAAGGCUCUGCAAGGAGUCCCUGAAGAGCACAGUUUUGGAAAGCGCCAUGGCGCGUAAGGAAAAGUCGAAUUACACGGAGGACAUGCAGUGUAAGAAACGAAAGUACAGUAAGCCAGGUCGUCCGAAGAAAAUAAUCCCGGGCAGAGACCCGAUCAAGCCGGUGCAAAUGAGGCUCUCCGACAUGCGUCAUCCGGAAGCAGAUACGUCGCUGCUAACUGAUAGUAACGCAGCCGAGAGCAUGCUGGACUCGUCGUCGCGUAAUUCUACUACUUUGUUAUUGGAAAACAGCAAUAUAAACGACAGUGUCAAUGAGGAUUCGCUGAUAUAUUCGUCCUCCGAGUUCGCCGACAUGCCGAAGCUGUCUCCGAUGACUAGGAGCUCAGAUUCGCAGACCAAGUUGAGCUCGAUCGGUAGUCCUGGCAGCGACGACAUACCGUUGGCGGAUAUCGAAAAGCCAUUUUUGAAACCUGCUACUGCCGGACGACCCAAGAGGGAAAGAGGACGACCUCGUGGAAGCACUCAAGCUGCACGAAAGAUAGCAAAGGCCGACGUAUACGAAGAUGGAUCCGUUCCAUCCGUCGCAGAAGCGGGAAAACAUAAUGAUUAUCCUGAAGAAGGUGCAGUACCAGCAAAACGAACCCGCAGAAGUAUGGCGCCAAGUCCGAGUCCUGCGGAAGGACAGGCGUCGAAGCCGGAAUCCACUGCAAUCAUGAGUGAGACGUAUGCGCAGUCCAUGUUGUGUCUGUGUCAAGUGCGAUCUCAAUUGUACGUGACAAUCACUGGCCCCGGGGCGCCGCUCUAUUGCACGGCCAACGAUUCCAUCGACAACAGGUUGGUGGGCUGUUGCAACGAGGUGGACAGUAACGACGUGACAAUGAGGCGGCCGAGCACUCGCAUACCCUACAUCAUUCUCUGCCGUAUGCAUAAAGAGCGAUUGCUGCGGCACAACUGUUGUCCCACAUGCGGCAAAUUCUGCUCGCAGGGUAGGUUUGUGCAGUGCAUCAACGGUCACCAAUAUCAUCGGGAAUGCGAGAUCUAUCCGAAUAAGAAGGGCGUGUGUCCUCAUUGUGGCAGCGAGAGCGCCGCCUACGACGUGGUAGUGACGAUGAACGGCAUGCGGAAGCCUGUCUUUAUCCCUACACGAAAGAAAUUCUCUAAGCUGCCGUCUGCAAAGAUGACACUGCCCGGCAAGGGCGACAACACGAAACUGGCUGAAUGUCCGCCCAGUCCGCUGAUCCAACCUGAAAUCAUCAAUAUACCUGAACCGUCGAUCAAUACCGAAAGGCCGGAACGCUACACCAUUAUGAGCCUCUACACGUCCGUGAAAAACGGGGAUUUAGAUAAACUAGUGAAUGUAUUAGCUUGUGGCUACAACGCGAAUCACACAUUCCGGGAUUACUCUCAUCGGACCAGUCUACAUAUAGCGGCGGACAAAGGUCAUAUGUCAUGCAUACAUGUUUUGGUGCAAGCCGGUGCUCAAAUAGAUGUAAUGGACAGAAACCAAUUGACACCACUGAUGCUUGCCGCAAAUAAGGGUAAAGCUGACGUCGUCAAAUACCUAGUUAGGAUAGGCGCCGACGUAACAUUGAAGGGCGAGGAUGGUAUGACCGCUUUGCACAUGGCAGCCAAAUCGGGUCACUUAGAAGUCUGCAAGAUCAUUCUGAAUGAGUGUAAAGUGCCGAGGACAUUAGUAGAUUCCGUGGACGAUGGUGGCUGGACAAGUUUGAUAUGGGCCUGUGAAUUUUGCCACACGGACGUUGCGCGGUUUCUAUUAGACAAGAAGUGCGAUCCUCUCAUCCGGGACGCUGAGCAGAACAUUGCGCUUCAUUGGAGCGCUUUUAGCGGCAGUUCCGACAUUACAGAGUUGCUCCUGAACGAAGGAUGUGACGUGAAUGCGGUCAAUGUUCACGGUGAUACUCCUUUGCAUAUAGCGGCUAGGCAGGACCAAUUUGCAGUCAGUGUAUUGUUGCUGGCACGUGGUGCUAAAAUAGGAGAAGUGAAUGCUGCCGGCGAGACCGCGGUAAACUGCUGUGCAACGGACGGCGAUACUAUGGCUGCCUUGAGAUUAAACGCCAAAAUCAAUGGAUUUUCCGCGCACAUGUGGGAAAAGACGGUUAAAAUAUUGACAAACGAUAUUUCACGCGGGAAAGAAAUUAAUCCUGUACAGUGCGUCAACGGGCACGAUUCUGAGGACAAACCGACUGAUUUUGUUUACGUGACGGAGAAUUGCUUCACGAGCAACAUCAAUGUGGAUCGUGCGAUAACGUCAUUACAGUCCUGUCGGUGCGAGGAUAAUUGCAGCUCCGAAAAGUGUUUGUGUGGAAACAUAAGUCUGCGAUGUUGGUACGAUGAGGAGGGAAAACUUAUACCAGAGUUCAAUUACGCAGAUCCACCAAUGUUGUUCGAGUGUAAUCCAGCUUGCGAUUGUAAUCGUAUCACCUGCAACAAUCGAGUGGUUCAACAUGGUCUCACUCAGAGGUUUCAAUUGUUCCGCACGAAUGGCAAAGGCUGGGGUCUCCGAACCCUUCGAUAUAUUCCCAAAGGCACCUAUGUUUGCGAAUAUGUUGGCGAGAUAAUCUCCGACUCCGAGGCUGACCAUAGAGAGGAUGACUCUUAUUUAUUUGAUUUGGACAACAGAGAUGGAGAAACUUACUGUAUAGACGCGAGGCGUUACGGAAAUCUCGCGCGAUUCAUCAAUCACUCGUGUGCGCCGAAUCUGUUGCCGGUGCGAGUAUUCGUCGAACAUCAGGACUUGCAUUUUCCUAGAAUAGCAUUCUUUGCCAACCGACAUAUCGAGGCGGACGAAGAGCUCGGCUUUGAUUACGGCGAAAAAUUCUGGAUAAUAAAGUAUAAGUCCUUCACGUGUACCUGCGGGGCUGAAAAUUGCCGUUACUCUGAGAAGACGAUACAGGUCACGCUGGACAACUAUCGGAAGAAGAUACAGCAGGAAGAAAUGCUGGCAGCUCAAACCUCAUCAUCGUAACCUUAAAUGCGAUUUAGUUUAAUUCUAUAGGGACCCGCGAUUUCUCUUCCGGGCAACGUAUUUUCGCUAUGGCAACCAGGAUCGUGUGGGUCUUCCUUUUUUUCCUGUGCUCAAAAAAAAAUCUCGAAAAAUUAUAUCGGAACUUCCUCUAUUCUUUCACUUGAAGACCAUGCAGCUGUUUUGUCAACAAUAAAUAAAUAUUUAUUUAUUUUGAGAAACUAGCACAGGGACACAAAUGACCCUGAUUGCCACUCGGAGGCUUAAUCGUCGGCGGACGUGGCACGCACGAUUUUACGAAUCGUCUCGUCGAUUACGCGCGCUAGUUCUUUCCGUGUAUCAGCUUGCCGCCGAGACCGAUUCUCGCGCGCGCGCGACGCGCGAGAUCGUAAGAGUACAAAUAAAAACGGUGAUGGGAUGAUGAUAUGCGUUCUAUUGGAUUCUUCCUCCAAUGUCUAUGCUUACACCGAGAGAUGUGUGUACUACCGUCCGACUUCGCAGCCGCCGAAGCUUCCAAGCUUGUACGGUUAACGAUAGAUUAAUCAUUUGAUUCCGUGUACAACUGCCACAGAAUGUGAACUUGACGAGAUUCACAUUCGAAUUCAACAAUGUAGCACGCUCGAGCGACUUUGUUCUCUCAUUGCUUGAUUUCUUUUGGAAAUUGAUGUUUUACUAUCGUUAGUCGAGCAUAAAUUGAGUAAUGAAGGAUUCAUUCGAAUCCAAUAUGGCAUUCGGUGUAUUAAAGUUUUGCUGAAAAGAAUUCAGAAAAAAAUUUAGUUAGAAUGUCUCGCCCAAAGUAAUCGAAGAAUAUUUAUUGUCAGUUAAAUUUGCCUCUUGUAUUCACACGGAAUACUCCGCACGCGUCAGGUACUUUUUAUAUAACAUUGUUAUGAUAUUUUUCACGAUCUUUUCAUGCCACAUCAAACAUUUAUUAUUAAGAUAACAGUCGCUAUUCGAUCACCAAUCUGCCAAAGAAAACAUAAGGUCAGGAACAUGCAUUGAGAAGGAACUAUAUUAACGGAAUUAAAUUUUGAGGUCUUUUUUUUGUGACACGUAUGCGAUAAAGGGCUCAUUUACUUGGAAAGGUGUUUCCAAAUUACUUAAUCUAUUGUUAAUCGCAUGAGUUUUGUUUGAUUGGAUAAGCUAUUUGGUGAAAUUACUUUUAAUUGGGCAAGCAAAAUUGUAUUGUUUGCAGAAACCUAGAAUACCUAGAUAAUAAAAAAUUGUUGCAACGCGCAUUUGUGUGUUCCUUAUUAUAGAGUGUUAUGCUAUUUUAUUCCAAUUAGAUGCGCGAAUUUUGUCCGGACGAAUUUAACGGGAUUCAUUACAAAGCGAUGUAGUGCAUAAGAUUACAACUUUUUGUACAAACAAUUAAUUUUUUGUACAAUAAAAAUAGU